AUGAAGGCUCAGAUCUUCCUCCAAGCAUGUACUCUCUUUGCGGCUGUUGCAGCAGCCCCGUACCCCAACGAACGCCGUGACCCCGUCAGCAAUCCUGGAAUGCCAUCUGCAUACCGCCCGAAGGUCCAGGUCACAGAGGCCGAAGUGAAGGAGGUCGAAGCUCGGGCUGCAAACACGAAGAGAUACACCCCGAAGUCCCAGGUCAAAGAGCCCGAAGUAAGGAAGGAGGCUGAUCUCAUGAAGAGAUACAGCCCAGCGUACGAGGUCAAGGAGGCCGAAGUAAGGAAGGAGGCUGAUCUCAUGAAGAGAUACACCCCGAAGUCCCAGGUCAAAGAGGUUAAUGUGGAGUUCGACGGCGAUUCUUGA